UGGCGGGCGUUGCUGCGCACCCCUGCCCGUCACCCAGGCUUGUAACAUAGGGAGACGCGGUCUGGCGAUGCUCCUGUCAUGUGCAGGAUGCGAGAAACCGAUAAUGGAUCAGUACCUGCUGAACGUUUUGGACCGUGCAUGGCACGUCGAGUGCGUACGCUGUUUCGACUGCAGAGCCGCGUUGCAGGACAAGUGCUUCUCCAGGGAGGCGAAGCUCUUCUGCAGAAACGACUUCUUCAGGCGAUACGGCACCAAGUGCGGCGGUUGCCUCCAAGGGAUAAACCCGCAGGACCUUGUGAGGAAAGCAAGGGACAAAGUUUUCCACCUGAAUUGCUUCACCUGCCUGGUGUGUCGGAAGCAGAUGAGCACGGGCGAGGAGCUCUACGUCUUGGACGACAACAAGUUCGUUUGCAAGCAAGACUACCUGUCGGGCAAACCGCUGCCGGACACGCAUCACGUGCACGGUCAUCACGAACCGUCCAACCUGUCGGCAGGCGGAGACUCGCUGAUGGGCUCAGGAUCGGAAGACGAAGACGAGGACGGUAGUGCUCACCAUCACCAUCACGAUUCGACCGUACGUGGUGCUCACCUCGGGACCCACAACAUUGGCCCGGGUGGUCCUGGUGACCAGACCGUCGGCCACGGUGGCGAACUACCUCUCGGUAGCGAUCCCUGCAAGCAGGAGGACUCCGAGGAUCAAGGUUCCCUGGACGGCGAUCCCGAGACGAGGGACAGCCAGACGGAGAACAAGAGCCCGGACGGCGGCGCCGGCGGUGGCAGCGGCGACGGCGGCGCCGGUUCGAAGCGACGCGGCCCACGGACCACUAUAAAGGCGAAACAAUUGGAGAUUUUGAAGACGGCCUUCUCGUCGACUCCAAAGCCCACUAGGCACAUUAGGGAGCAAUUGGCAAAAGAAACCGGCCUGCCCAUGAGAGUCAUACAGGUCUGGUUCCAGAACAAGAGGAGCAAGGAGCGCAGGCUGAAGCAGCUGACGUCGAUGGGCAGGAACCCCUUCUUCGGGGGCUCGCGUAAGAUGCGCGGGUUCCCGCUGAAUCUGAACCCAGGUGCCCUCGGAGGCGAGGAUGGACCACCGCCCGGUUUCCCGUAUUUUGGCCCGGACAAAUUCGAAUUCGGCUACGGCGGCCCGGUGGCUUUUCAUCACGAGUUCUUCGGCGCGCAUCCACCCCCGCAUCCGCACGGACCGCAUUUUGCCGGUACGGGAAAUCCAGUACGUAAUCUGUUUCUGACAGGCUUGGACCCGGCCAGUUUAGCGGGCAUGGCAGCCGCAGUGGCGGUGGCAGGGGAAUACCCACCUCCGGGCGCGGGGGGCGGCCCUCCGGAAUUUCUCACGGGGCCCCCCGGGCAGGGGCCCCCUGCGCCCACCGGCGGCAGCCCCGGAGAGUUCCUGGCACCUUCAGGUGGAGGGCAGGGUAAUCCAAGCGGCGGCGGCGGCGGCGGGAACGGCGGUGGUCCGGGUGGCGGUGGCAGCGGCAGUGGCGGCGGGGUCGCGGGAGGCGGGUUCCUGGAGCCGCACCAGAUGCAGAGCGAAGGGCUCGCCUGGUAGUACGAGUUUUAAUUAACGUCCCUUUUAUGAUAAUAACAAUUCCGCCCGCGCACGCCUAAAACCGACCGGGAUCGCGAGAACGCGCCGCCGAAGCGCGAGAGCGAGAGCGAGAGCGAGGAAUGGCGACAGCGACGGCGACGGCAACGGCGACGGUUGCUGCGGCUGCGAGACUGCGGCGAUUUCGAGUCCGGACUCCGGAGGGCGACGGAAGGCUCGACGCUUCGUUGCUUUCCUUCCUACUCCUACUUUUUCCGUUUCUUUUCGUCCCUGUCCUUCCCAUUCUUUCCGUUUCGCAAUUGCGACCGAGUCGUGAGAAAUAUCGACUCGUUCUUUGUGUAAGAUAUAUAGAUAUGAAACGUUUGUCCGUGCGCGCCUCGAUUCACAGUUAUCGUCGUCGACGCACGGUCGACGCUUAUUAUCGCUAUUGAUUACGCACCUCGGCGCCGCGACGCCGACGUUACUAUUUUUUCAUUAUUAUUAUUAUUAUUAUUAUUAAUAUUAUUAAUUAUUGAUUAUUAUUAUUGUGUAUAAAAUUCGAAGAUGUCCCUAUCGUGUAAUAUUGUACCCCCUCCCUGUUGAUUAUUAUUUUCUUUUCUCGACGUUACUUUGGAGACACCCUGUAGAUAUCUGCUGUUGUACACCUGAUAAUGACACGCGUACACUGAUCGCUAGACACGUACACAUUUUACACGCAACGUCAUACGUGCAUACGAACAGAUACACGGAUACACGUAUCCACACACUUGGACAUGCGCUGUACUAAUAUUAUCAUUAAAGUAUAAAUAUAAAUAGGAAACGUGUAAUUUGUAUCUGUUAAGAGCGGCGAAAUCGAUGUAAAUACACGAGGAACACUCAGAAAAACACUCUAUUCUCUCUCUUUGCUGAAAUGCGCGCGUGCCGAUAUGCGCGAGACGGCUCUGGACUUACUCCACGAACUUACGCCACCGAAAGUAAAACAAUAUAUAUAUAUAUACAUAUGUAUGUAUACUGUGACGCAACACAUAGUCACAAUAUAUAUGUGUAUAUUGUGACGCAACACAUCAAGCGUGAGACAGAUCGAGAAAGAGAUGCGCCGCCGCGACGCAUAACGAUUAUAAAUACUAUUAUAAUA